AUGGAGCUUUGCGAGAGCUGUACCAAAACGAUCCAGGAGACCCUCCACCGUGGGAUGGGUGGAUCUACUCAGCACGAGCUGCCCCGGUAUCCUCAAUUACUCAAGGUACCUUGCUGGAUAUGCAAGAAAUUGGUUGCCUGGUUGGAAGUCACUCAUCCUAUGCUAUUCAAGAAAUGGCGAGGACUGCCUAUGACAUUUAUCUGGAAACAAUCUGCUGUCGCCAUACGAGAUGGCGCAGGGCAUUUGCUCCCCUGUGAGAUGGUGGCCAUGCCUCUUUUCCGAGGCGAGGUCAUCGAUAGUGAUGAUGGAUGCGUGAUUAAUUUGGAUUUCAUGUCAGAAGGAGAAUUCCGUCGCGCAACACACCAGCAAUCCACAACCGCGGACUUCACCCUCAUCCAAACGUGGAUCGAUAAUUGUAUUCGAGAUCACCACAAGUGUGUCAAUUUCUCGGCGAAUUCAUGGUAUCCAACCCGAUUACUGCACCUGGCCUCCGAUGGCCAGGGGACCGGUGUUAAGCUGGUUAUAACCAAAGGCACCCGUCUCAACGGUCCGUAUGUGACACUCAGCCAUCGAUGGCCACAAACUGCACAUCGAUUUCCAAUGCUACUGACCUCGACCAUUCAACAACUGCAGCAGGGAAUUAACGUCCAGCGCUUGCCUCGGGCGUUCCAGGACGCAAUCCUGUUAACCCGUCAGCUAGGCGUGGAGUAUCUAUGGAUUGACUCCCUAUGCAUCAUUCAAGAUACGGACGAUCAAUCGGACUGGUUUAGAGAGUCCCUCACCAUGGACAAAGUGUACUCGCACGCAUUCGUGAAUAUUUCCGCGACAUUGGCAGAGAAUGGCACCGAGGGACUUCUUGGCCCUCGCCAUUCGCAUGCCUUGUCCGCUCCGCCUGGAGUUGAAGUAAAUGCUCACGGAAGGAUCGAGACGCAGUACAUCAUUAACAGCGAUUUCUGGCACGACCAAAUAAGCAACGCGCCGCUCAACAAGAGAGGCUGGGUAUUCCAAGAACGGUUCCUAGCACGCAGAGUCAUCCAUUUCGGACCGCGACAGAUAGGAUGGGAAUGUCAACAAUUGCAAGCCCUGGAAACCUUCCCAAGAGGAUUACCCCCUACGUUGACUGUGGGUUCCAGGAGUAAGCCGGCGAUCUACGAGGCCUUACGAGAACUAUCCCAACCCGCCUUGACGAAUUCACAGGCUGCUCGGAACGCGCCGUUUGCUUCAACUACUGAUCUCCAAUUUGCCGAGUGGUGGAAUAAUGCAAUGGAAGACUAUUCUCGAUGCAAAUUUACCUUUGCGAAGGAUAAGCUGAUCGCGUUGACGGGGGUAGCAAAAUAUGUCGCGAUGAAUCGGCCAGCUGAUCGGUAUCUAGCGGGCAUGUGGCAGAGCUGUUUGGCGUAUGGUUUGGCUUGGUUCCGCAUCCAUCAGCCUGGGCGCGUAUAUUCUAAUCGUGACUACGUUGAAUGCCGUGCACCAAGCUGGUCCUGGGCGUCUUUUGAUGGUGAGGUAUGCUUUCCGUCAAUAUUAAAGGGCUAUGUGCAAUAUUUCAUGAGGGUUGUCCAGUUGGCUGAGGACCCGCUGCUUGUCGAGCGCUCAUAUUUGGGUUCCGAUAUGCCGCACCACAGCUCUAUCAAGAUUGAAGGUUUUCUCUUCCCACUGCACAUUACUUGGUCAGAAGGGAUGGUCGAAAGUCUUUCUCUAGUUGAUCAUGAGCUUCGCUUCAGCGAAAAUGAUGAACCAGAGGGUACACAAAUCGACCUAGAACAAGACGACUGGCUUAGAGAGAUGGCAGACACCGGACAGUUAUUCUUGGUGCCUUUAUACGCCUCCGUCUAUUCCAUGCAAGCGAUGCUUCUAGCACGUGCAGGAGAUACGGUUGAUGAUGUUGUCUACCGACGAGUCGGGGCCAUCGAGAUUGCCAUCUCAGCGAAGGAAUCGACAGGCUUGUAUCAGGGCAUGACUGAGGAAUCAAAUAUGGGAGAAGGGGACGCCGAUCAGGCAGAGAUUCAGUUGAUCGAGAAUAAGAAUGCCCUGCAUCUGAUAGAGAUUAUCAAGAAUACUGAUCAAGGAUUCAGCGCGAGGAGUUUCCAUUCUGUGAUUGAGAUUAUUUAG